AUGUUUUUAUCAUCAAUAUAAUAUUUUUUUAAAAUUUUAAAUAUCAAGAAAAAGAGGCAAUUCAGUUCCAAAGCUUCUAAAGGGUCUUAACGUUCAAUAUCACCCAGAAAAGACAGCUAUAAAGACUCUUCUGAAUGCUUGAUUAGGACAUUUUUGACAAGGGGGAGUGAACGACCCUAUUUUGAAAGCAUUAUUCAUAGAUAGUUCCAAACCUAAAUUAGAAGAGACAGAUUAUGACUUGGCUAUUAAAAGACUGAAAAGUUGCUGGCUAGAAAGAAA